AUGGCGCCCAAAUCCAGCAAGUGGGACGACAAGAUGAACGCUGCUCUUCCCCCCCGCCCCCGGUGGUUCACCAUCUACUUCAACGCCAUGCCGCAGGUCGUCCCCGAGCUAGGCAUGGCUCGUUCGGCGUCGACUCACUGGUCAGGAUGCCUGGCCCGUGUUCGAGAAGUUAGAGGAGGUAACUUGUUCCAGAGCGCCGACCAUGCAGAUGUUACCGCCGAGUUGAACAUCAGCUCGGAUACGGUUUCUGAAGUCUACUGGCAGAAACCCCCUUUCCUGCCCCCGUGGAAGGGGGACUUCCGCAAGAGACGAGUGUUCAAGAAAUGCGAUGGACAGAGGCCGCAUUGCGAUACACUCGUCAAGAACAAAACCACAGACCUGUGGUGGACGCCUCGACAAGAACCAUCUAGCAUCUCAAACGCAGCCACACCAGCAACCAUAAACGUGGUAACAGCGACUGGCAACGAGGAUGACUCGGUAGCUGGCUCUGCUGCUAGCUCCGUCGCAGCUUCCGACGAGGGCCCCGUCACCGAUGACGACGCUGGCAGUGUCGCCGGCUCCGACACUGCGAGCGACGUCACCGUCGUCGGAAUCGAAUACGGUGCCGUCGAAGAGGCUGCAAUCGUCGACCACCUGUCUUCAGAAGACUGA